AUGUCUUCCUCCGAGGAUGAGUUCCCCGACGAGGCCACCGAGGUCUUGGACGACGGACCGCCAGCCAAGCGCCUCAAGAUCACUGCCCGAUCGAACACGCCCUCCGCGGCCGCCCACGACCCCGAAGCAGAGCACGAUCCGCUCGAGGGCAUGUCCGACGUCUCCUCGGACACCGACGGCGACGUGCCCAGCUCGCCCGUCAAUGCGCGCCAAGACGAGGAUGACUUCCAGGAGCAGAUCACGGUCUGCGCGUGGGAAGGGUGCAGAUCCGGGGACUUGGGCAAUAUGGACAGGCUGGUCGAGCACAUCCACAACGACCACAUCGAGAGCCGGCAAAAGAAGUACACUUGCGAAUGGGUUGGCUGCUCGAGGAAAAGCAUGCCACACGCGAGCGGAUACGCGUUGAAGGCGCAUAUGAGGAGCCACACCAGGGAGAAACCUUUCUACUGCUACCUCCCAGAAUGUGACCGCGCCUUCACUAGGUCCGACGCCCUGGCCAAGCACAUGCGCACCGUCCACGAGACCGAGGCCCUGCGGCCCUCCGACCCAGUUCCCAAGAGCAUGCAGGCGGCGACGGGUAAAUCCAGGAACCUCAAAAUCAUUAUCAAGACGCCACAGUCGCAUGCUGCUGGCCAGGACGAUGCCGGUGACGAGGGCAGCGCCGGGGACGAAUCCUCGGGCGACAUGUUCACCCCCUUGACCGAGGAGCAAGGGUUCUCUUCCGAGGAGCUCGCCAUGCCGCUCGAGCGGCUGAUGAAGCUGUGUCGGCUGCAAGUGAAGUGGGCCGAGGCGGACGGGGAGCAAUUGCGCGCCGAGUGCAAGCAGUGGGAGGAAUUGUACAAGCAGGAGUGGCUUGAGAAGGAGGCGCUUCUGGAGCAGGUGGUUAAGAGCGAGAAGGAGUGGUAUAGCCGCCGGCAGGCCGUCCAUUCGGCAGAGGCCAAUACCGUCGUGGCUGGAAAUGGCGAGGCGACGGCGCCGUCUGCCCGUCGGACGAGCUCUUAUGCAUCCUAG